GAGCCGGAUCCCGGCGAGAGCCGCCCUUCCGCCCGGCGCCGGGGCAGGCAGCGCCGUCCCAUGCUGCCCCGCGCCCGGCCCGCCGCCCGGAGCGCCCGGAGCCGCCGCCGCCCCCGCGCAGCCCGGUUGUAACUUUAGCAACACUUGAGACAUGAAGUAGGACAACCAGCAUUUUGAAGAGCUCUGGCAUAAAUACACCUGUAUCUCCAAACAUUGGCUGAUUUACUGGAGACUGAAUCGAAAGCCUGCUCAAAUCAGAACCUGUAAACAUUCCAAAAGCUUCAUAAUGGAGUUCUUAGUAUCCAAGGGAGAUUAUAUUAGAUAUUUGAAAAGAUCUUUAUUGCUAGUUUUAGUAUGUGUAAUAGUUUUUGUGUGCACUGAUCAGGACUACUAUAGUUUACUUGGAGUAUCCAAAGAAGCAAGUAGUAGAGAAAUACGACAAGCAUUCAAAAAAUUGGCAUUGAAGUUGCACCCUGAUAAAAAUCAGAAUGAUCCAAAUGCACAUGAAAAUUUUUUGAAAAUAAAUAGAGCCUAUGAAGUACUUAAAGAUGAAGACCUGCGGAAGAAGUAUGAUAAAUAUGGAGAGAAAGGUCUUGAAGAUCAGCAGCAGGGAGGCCGUUACGAAAGCUGGCACUUCUAUCGCUACGAUUUUGGUAUUUAUGAUGAUGAUCCUGAAAUUAUAACAUUGGAUAGAGGAGAAUUUGAUGCUGCUGUUAACUCAGGAGAAUUGUGGUUUGUGAAUUUUUAUUCUCCUCGAUGCUCCCACUGCCAUGAUCUAGCACCUACGUGGAGGGAGUUUGCUAAGGAGAUGGAUGGAUUAAUACGCAUCGGAGCUGUCAACUGUGGAGAUAACAGAAUGCUUUGUCGAAUUAAGGGUAUCAACAGUUACCCCAGUCUGUAUGUUUUCAAAACUGGAAUGCAACCAGUGAAAUAUUAUGGAGACAGGUCAAAAGAGAGCUUGAAGAACUUCGCCAUGCAAUAUGUUACAAGCACAGUCACUGAGUUAUGGGCAGGAAACUUUGUUAAUGCCAUUGAAUCUUCAUUUGCUUCUGGUGUUGGUUGGCUGAUCACCUUCUGUGCUGAACAUGGGGAUUGCUUGAGUUACCAAACGCGCCUUAAGCUUGCUGGCAUGUUGGAAGGUCUUGUUAACAUAGGCUGGAUGGACUGUGGCACCCAGGGUGAGCUUUGUGAUAAUUUAGAUAUCUCAUCUAGUACUACAGCAUACUUUCCACCUGGAGCCACCAUAAAUAACAAAGAGAAAGGAGGUGUUUUGUUUCUUAACUCCUUGGAUGCCAGAGAAAUAUAUCAGGAAGUAAUGCAGCAUCUGCCAGACUUUGAAAUUAUCUCUGCAGUAUCAUUAGAGGACCGUCUGGCUCAUCACCGAUGGCUACUUUUCUUCCAGUUUGGGGACAGUGAUAAAGCAAGUACACAGGAAUUUAAGAAACUUAAAUUUUUACUUAAAGAUGAACAUAUUCAGGUUGGCAAGUUUGACUGUCUUUCCUCACCAAGCAUCUGCAACAAACUGUAUGUGUAUCAGCCUUGUUUAGCAGUCUUCAAAGGAAAAGGAACUGGAGAUUAUGAAAUUCAUCAUGGAAAGAAGAUCUUAUAUGACAUUGUUGCAUUUGCCAAAGAAAGUGUCAAUUCACAUGUAAUCACACUUGGACCUCAAAAUUUUCCUGACAAAGAAAAAGAACCAUGGCUUGUGGAUUUCUUUGCACCGUGGUGUCCUCCUUGUCGAGCUUUGUUACCAGAGCUGAGAAAAGCAUCAAAACAUCUAUAUGGUCAGCUUAAAUUUGGAACACUAGACUGUACUGUCCAUGAAGGACUUUGCAACAUGCAUAACAUUCGAGCUUAUCCAACAACAGUUGUGUUCAAUCAGUCUGAUGUUCAUGAAUAUGAAGGACAUCACUCUGCUGAGCAGAUCUUGGAGUUUAUAGAGGAUCUUAGGAAUCCAUCAGUGGUCUCCCUAACACCAGAGACAUUUGUUGAAUUAGUUCAGAGAAGAAAACGAGAGGAAAUCUGGAUGGUUGACUUCUACGCUCCGUGGUGCGGACCUUGUCAGGCUUUAAUGCCAGAAUGGAAAAAAAUGGCCAGGAUGCUAAAUGGAUUAAUCAGUGUAGGCAGUCUGGAUUGUCAAAAAUACUAUUCUUUCUGUCACCAAGAAAGUGUUAGGGGAUAUCCUGAAAUAAGACUCUUUCCUCAAAAAUCAAACACAGCUCAUCAAUAUUAUAGUUACAAUGGAUGGCACAGAGAUUCAUAUUCACUGAGAGGCUGGGCAUUGGGAUAUUUACCACAAGUGUCUGUAGACCUGACUCCUCAGAGUUUCACAGAAAAAGUUCUGAAUGGAAAAGAUCACUGGGUCAUUGAUUUUUAUGCUCCUUGGUGUGGACCUUGCCAAAAUUUUGCUCCUGAAUUUGAGAUCCUAGCAAAGACUGUUAAAGGAAAAGUAAAAGCUGGAAAAGUAGACUGUCAGAUGUAUGCUCAGACCUGUCAAACUGCUGAUAUCAGAGCCUACCCUACUGUUAAGUUUUACCCCUACCAAGGAACAAAGAAAAAUGUUCUUGGUGAAUAUAUAGACAGCAGAGAUGCAAAAGGUAUUGCUGACCUUUUGAAUGAAAAAUUAGAAGCAAUUCAAAAUAAAGGAAAAAGAAAAAAAUCUAGAAAUAAGGAUGAACUCUAAGUGGUAAUGGAGGUCACUACGAUUCAAAAUAUUCUGAAGCUGUGAAUACAGAAGACACCAAAAGGAAAAUACAAGGUUGAUUACAUUCAUGACAGGACAAAAGAGAUGAAAACUAGUUUGAGUUCAUGGGCAUAUGACUGUACAAAUUCUGUUUAGACUGUGGGCAGAUGAAAACAAUUUGGUUUAGGUGGAGCCAUUCAGUGUUUCUGCAACUGAAUUCUGCAUGUCCCUCUUCCAAUACACCAAGUACCUUCUUCCUAGUCACACAUUGGAGCUGACCAGCAAUGUGGACUGUAUCACUUUUACCUACCCAGUUAUUAGUUCCUUGUAUUUUUCUGUCUCCUUUCAAACACUUCUUGAAUGUGGGACUCAGCCUAUGGCUGAAUAUGCACUCAAACCACUCUGCAAUGCAGAAACACAAUGAGGGAUUGUCUGUUUGAAAGACAAACAGUUUUACCUGGUGAUUAUUCUGCUUUGGGAUUGCAUUACUGUCUAGUUCAUUGCUAAGAAAUACAAUCAAGAUCUGGUAGCAGGACAGGUUUAUUGAAUUACAUUGCUCCUGCCCUUGUGUGGAUUACUAUAUUCUAGCACCGGUGGUGGUGCCUGGAUGAACAGAACUUAGAGUUUCUUUGGUUUGUUUUGUAGGGUUGCUUUUUUUUAAUUUUCUUUUUUUAAAAUUAAAAAAAAAAAAAAAAAUCAAGGACUUCAGUGUUUCAUUGACUUUCACAAUUUAGGUUAUGCCACAGAAGCAUCUGAUUAAGUUAUUAGGUCAUAACAUUAUUGUCUUUUUAAAAUAUGAAUGUAUUCUGUGGACACAUUUAACCUCUUUUGGUAUUACCACUUUUCUUUGCAGACAUGUUUUGGGGGUUUUGUUUGUUUUUUAUAUUAUCUUCAGGUAAGCAGGAAAGAAAGUGCCUUUUUACAUUUAAUAACAAACACUGUACAUUUGCAAAGUCUCCUCAUACAUCUUAAUAGAAUUCCAACUCCAGAAUAACAUUUUUCAUAGCUUCGCAAUAGAUAAAAAUUACAGAAGACAACAAAAUGUCUCCUGCAUUUAGGAGUUCAAUAUUGAAAUAUUUCAUGUUUUUAGUAAAAUGCUUCUGAGAGCUUAUCAGAUGGAUUUUUUUCCCCUGCUCUCUGUGUGUUUAAGUUUGGCAUGACUGGUCACUGUACUGCGAGUACUAUAAAUUUGUAAAUACAUUGUUAUCUACAAGUAAUUUAUUCUACAAAGAGGGCAGCAAGAAAUAAAAAGAGAUUCUAGUAACCUUUGAGACAUUCAGUGCUGCUUCUCCCAUGUUCAGGGUUGCUUCUGUUGCUUUGCAGUGUAUUAAUCUGAGAAAAAAAAUAAAUGCAGUACAUUCUCCUCUUAAUAAAAAGUAGGCCUUCCCACAUCCAAAUCAAACUUCAAACUCUGUCUAAAGUAAAAAUUGCGGUAUUUUUGUGACUUCAAAACAAACUCUGUUUUGGUCAGUUUUUGCAUGUUUAACUGUACCUUCAGUUUCUACCUUCUUCCUGGAGAAUGAGGUCAUGGUUACAUACUCUAGGAUUCUAGUGUUAAAAAGCUAAUAAAAAAAUAACCUAGUAGAGGCGUUUGUAGAGUUUUUUCUUUAUUCCUAUUAACAUACAGUUUCUCUCUUAUUUCUACUAACAGGAACAGUAGUAGGACCAAAACAAAAAGUGCUUCACAGCAAUCUGGUCUGCAAGAUGAUGGUAGCCUAAGAAUUUUCUGGCUUUACUAUGGCUCUAUUCAUACUUCAAUUUUUUGUACAAAGUUACAUUAUCACUAUGUUCUGAAUUAGUUACUUGGCGCAUAUAGAUAAGUACUAUGAAAACAAAACACUACUUAAUCAAAAUAUUCUCUACACUGACUUAUUUUGCCUGGGCUACUGGUUUUGAAACUCAUUUGGGCUGUCUAGAAGAGGAUUUAACUCAAAUAUCAAUAAAGUUCAUUUUUAACACUUAA